CCAAUAAAAAUGUAGAAGAAGAAGACGACGCGGUGACGCAUCUAGUGUCGCUCAAACGAUCUUUUCUCUUUUCGUCUUUUUCCUGUGAAGUUGUACUUUGAUUCGAAUAUGUUGGCGAACAGAAUAAUCGGAACUUGUGUUUUCGGACUGAGAAAUGUGUCUGGAAGAGGACGGCCGCUCGCUGCAGUUUCUGCGAGAUUUCAGCACAAUAAGUCUGAGGAGUUCAGGCAGCCCGCAUCCUCAGGCCGACCUGAGACCUCUAGCGCCAAAUCCCUGAUGGACAUCGGGACCCGCCGGAUCUUCAAUGAGGACCAUGACCUCUUCAGACAAAAUGUGCGGCGCUUCUUCCAAGAGGAAGUAGUGCCUUACCACAAAGAGUGGGAGAAGGCAGGUCAGGUGAGCAGGGAGGUGUGGGAAAAGGCUGGUGAGCAAGGUCUGCUGGGAGUAAUGACAGCAGAAGAGCAUGGUGGCAUAGGAGGAGACCUGUUUUCUGCAGCUGUCACAUGGGAGGAGCAAAUGUAUUGCAACUGCACAGGCCCAGGUUUUGCGCUGCACUCUGACAUCGUCAUGCCCUACAUCGUCAACUACGGCAGCAAGGAACAGAUCAAACACUUUAUCCCAAAGAUGACCGCUGGGAAAUGUAUCGCUGCCAUCGCCAUGACUGAGCCAGGAGCAGGCAGUGACCUUCAGGGUGUGAGGACGUAUGCCAAGAAGGAUGGCAGUGACUGGAUCCUCAACGGCAACAAGGUAUUUAUUACAAAUGGUUGGAUGGCAGAUCUGGUGGUGGUAGUGACCGUGACCAACCGAGAGGCGAAGACGGCAGCACACGGGAUCAGUCUGUUCCUGGUGGAGGAGGGCAUGAAGGGCUUUCACAAAGGGCGGAAGCUGGAGAAGAUUGGCCUGAAAGCCCAGGACACAGCUGAGUUAUUCUUCGAGGAUGUUCGCCUCCCAGCUGAUGCCCUCUUAGGAGAACUCAACAAAGGUUUCUAUUACCUGAUGAAUGAACUCCCUCAGGAGCGUCUGCUGAUUGCUGACAUGGCCAUAGCGAGCUGUGAGUUCAUGUUUGAGGAAACCAGAAAUUAUGUAAUGCAGCGGAAGGCUUUUGGCAAAACAGUCGCUCACCUUCAGGUCUUUAUAGUAAUUCUUUUGGUGAAUAUUUUUAGGAUAUUUCAUACUGUGCAGCACAAGCUUGCAGAGCUAAAGACCGAGAUCUGUGUGGUUCGAGCCUUCCUGGAUAGCUGCCUUCAGCUCCAUGCUGAGAAAAGCCUGGAUCCUGCCACGGCCUCCAUGGCCAAGUAUUGGGCGUCUGACCUCCAGAACAGAGUGGCCACUCAGUGCCUGCAGCUCCACGGAGGCUGGGGGUACAUGUGGGAAUACCCCAUCGCCAAGGCAUUUGUGGACUCGCGAGUUCAGCCUAUCUACGGAGGAACCAACGAGAUCAUGAAGGAGCUCAUCGCCCGUACCAUCGUCAGCCAGAAGUGAAACUGGGUUGUCGUUUUUUGUAAUCUUUUUUUUUUUUAAACCCACAAAACUGUCAAUAAAGAUCUCCAGUUUAGUUUUUUUUCCUGUAGGUGUUACACUCAUAUCGUUAUGUGAAUUAUUUCGGCUGUGAUAGCCGUGCAGUGGAAGUGUGAAUGUGAACACCAGUACGUCCACUGGUUUAAUUAUACUUGAAAUUUUCAGAUCGAUAAAGGGAAUAAAAGAACACUGUUUGCUCUUUGCUCUAAUUCUGUAAAUGUUCAACCACUGUAUUCCCCUUUAUGCUCCUUUUAAAGAGAAGUUUUGAGCAGCAGG